UAAUCUAUUCGUGCUUGGUUUCGAUUAAUGCUUUUCUGUUGUUGAAGAUGCAUACAUUUUUUCAGAUGUCCAGUUUCGCUCAGCAUGCAGAGAACUGCACUUUUAAUAUGUCCUUCCAGGGACUGACUUGGAUUUACCGAUGAUUUUUUUUUUUUGGUGCGGCGCUAAGAGAAGGCGCAUGUGCAGAAGACCGGAUUUGCGCGCCUUCUUUCAUUCCGUUAUGUAUCCCUAGCUUUCCUUCUGUACAAAGGGUAUUGGUUUACAAAUCUUUGCAAUGCAUUGUGGCAGGAGAUUGCCCUUUGCCGGUAUUAAGAGAAACUGAAAAGCAUCCAGUGGAAUGUUUAACAGCGUUGUAUAAACGCAGAUGAUGAGGGAUGCCUGGAGAAGGCCCUGGGACAUCAGCUAUGCAGAACAGGCAGGGGUACUGCAGCUGCUGCACCAUUCACUACAACAACCUGCAAGAGCAUCUUCAGAGCACCCAGCACAGACAAUAUGUUAACAGCACGAGAUACUCUGUGGUAAACAGCUGUUUGCUGGAUCGGUUUCUACAAGAUGUCUUGCAGUACCAUCCCUUCCAGUAUGAUGACAUCAGGCCUGCUUAUAUUGACCUUCCUCCUGUUGGCAUACCUCUCAUCCCAAAAGCAAAUUUCUCAGAUGUUACUCAAGUGCUUGUGCUUGAUGAUGAUGAGGAUAAAGAGAGUGUUGGAACAAGAGAAGAGCUGCCAAGCAUUUAUACUGGCAAGACAGAAAAGGUUCAAAGCAGUGAUAGUGAGUCCUGUCAGAUGUUGGAUUCUCUCGGAGGCAAGUUUUCACAAGGAGAUAGCCUGAUGACAGAGGGUUCCUCCUUGCUUCAGAAACAGAACCCAGUGAAUAGAAAAUUGCCAGAAUCUGCCAAACAACCCAAGGUUGCACACAGCAGUGUUAAAAGUAGUUUGCCAAAACAAGAUAUUUCUUCUAAGACUGUUUGUAGCCCUAUCUCACCUGGUGUACCUGAAAGCACAUCAUCUGUUGGUUUGCACAAGAACCCAACCUUUACCCAGUUUUCCACUUCCUGCAAGAUACCAUCUUCACCAUGUAGCAGUGACUGCAAGCUGAAGAAGUUAAGUAAUAGGACUCCUUGUAUUUACCACUUCUCCUCUACGCUUGACACAGCACACCACAAAAUGGCAUUAUCUUCACAUCAGAGACCUGCAGUAAUGCCAAGCAUCACUAUAAAUGUCUCCUCAGGAACAUCAUUCACAAAGCAUCGUAACUUAGAACCUCAGGACAUCACCACCACAGAGUCUCUUUCUUAUCUCAGGUUAACAGAAGCAGCUUGUGGCUUGUUUGGUGUAAGAAAAUUCCAAGCUGAAGUUGCUCAGAAGUCCCAUGUAAAGCAGAAACCGCAGGAUUACAAAAAUGUGACUGGUUCUCAUACUGCAGAGGACUCCUUGACUGACAUAAUUGAAGAAGUCAUUCAGAAGUAUUGUUAUGGAGCAGCACAGGACCAUUCAGGCUGUACAGAUGAAGAAAGCAGCAUUAACCCACCAGUAAACUGUACUAGCUCUCAGAGCUCCAGCAUUUGUUUUGACUGGGACAAACUUGUUCAGAGAGAGAACUGCCUGUGCAAAAAUGAAACUGAACUGGAGCAUCUCAGAGAAGUCAGUGUAAAUUUUAAAGACAAGCAGUAUGAACCUCAGCUUCAUUCUGUGCUUAAGAGAUUUCCUGAUGAAAAUGUAGUAUUACAUUUGUACCCCAGACCUUCUGAUGAAAGACUAAGUGUUCCUCCAUUACCAAAUGUGCCUCCAUCCUUCGUAGGAAAGACAUGGUCUCAGAUUAUGCAUGAGGAUAAUUUGAAAGUUGACCAACUAGUUAGGGAAUUCAGAGUAGGGAGGUUUAAGUGUUACUUUAAUAGUGAACCUGUAGCCAGAUAUAGUAAAGGAAAGUGCAAGCUAGUGAAGACAGAAAAGAGUGACUCUGCGAUGCCUUGUAUGCAUGCUACGUUUGAAGACAUACCUCAAGAUCUUCCUUUUCAUGAUAGUGACUCCGAUUAUCAGCCAUUUCCAUCUGAUACACCACCCAAGCUAGAUUGUUUCAAACCAGAAAGAAGGACAUUGCAUAUAGCUUCAAGAUGCCAGAUUGUGAAGGUUAGUCAUGGCACCCAGACAAGUAUUGUGAACCACCCAGUAGUGAAAAGAAAACUUGUAAGGAAAGACAAUGAGUCAUAUAGCCCACCAACAAAGGUCAGUGUACUGGAACAUGAACAGACACCUGAAAUGAAAACAAGUCUAUGUGCUGUUACGCUGCCUGAGUCUUACAGCAAAAUCAUGAGCCCCUUGCAGCCUAAAGCAGUAGUCUAUGUACUGUCUACACGUGAGAAUGCUAAGAUCUCAGCUAAUGUUGGUAGGAUUUCCAGGAAAAAAAAGCGCAGUCAGUCAUUAGACUGUAAGGGUUCCAUAAAAUACAAAUACAAAAUGUGCCCGCUUAAGUAUUACGAUCCACUGACAAAUAAGAUAAUGAAGGUUCCACCAAGAGGAUUACGUGUGAGCAAAUCUAAAAGUCCUCACAUUAGAAAAUUGUUUCGAAGCCUUAGCCCUGAUAUAAACAAGGAGAAGCUGCAUAGAGAAAGUUCAAAUUCCAUAUCUGUUAAGGGGUCUGAUCUUUGCACAGCAUCUUCAUUGUCACCGUCCUCAAAGGCAUUAAAGUUAAAAAUAGGUGAUAGUAGUAUAAGUCAGAAAGUAUUGACUCCCUCUAGAAGUGGCUCUUUGUCUUCAGUGACACAACUACCAUUCUCAUCAGACAAAUCUGGGGAUUCGUUUAAGCAGUAUGUAGUUUCUCCUUUGAAUCAGUCUUCUAAAACAAAGAGUACCAAGACUUUAUCUCCUUUUAUUCCAAAGGGAUCAAGGACAACACACAAACAGUUGAUAGCAAAAGAAAAUCCAGAGAAGAAUGUCAACAAAAAGAGGUUUAAACAGAAGCCAUCAAGUACCAUAAAAUCACUAAGAAUGCAACAAACUUGUCCUAGUAGAAAAUGUGAAAAGGGACAAAGGACUUGUGAGAAAAAAAUGCCCAGGAAAAAUAAGAAAAAGGAAAUGCCGAAAAAGCAUUUGUCUUGUACUAAUAAGAUGUCGUCAAACUUGCGUUGCCCAAAAGAGAAGGUGGGAGUGGUAGGCAAAAAAAAUCUUGUAAAAAAGCAAGUAAUAAAUAGCAGGACAAGUAGAACCCGAAUGCAGAAGACAGCAUCCAGCUGUGUUAAAGAUGGUCAGUUAGCAACUGCCUGCUGCCAGAAAGAAAAGACUUCCAAAAUUAAGAAAAAGUGUGGCAGAGACUGCAAAUCAGUAGAGAGAUCAUCUGUAAGAACUAAACAGAAGGACUGUGCUCAUUUUAUUAAAGAUAGGUGUUUGCAGGGCAGUGAUCCAAAGAUGUUUUUAAGGAGUAGAAAACUGACAGACUCAAAAGACACUAAAGAAAAAGGAAAGAAGGCUGGCACUUACUGCAGACCUAGAAAGAAAUAAAAGUAUAUUAUCUUGACUGAAAUCCAAAAUAAAUGUUUUAAGUUAUAUAUGUUUUGCACAAAGGGUGUUGCACAAUUUGCAAUCUAUGAUGCUGCUGCUAACUUUUAUACUGGUUUCUAUAAAACAUUAAAAUUAAAUAUUUUUGUUUCAUUUGAAUAACAGUGUAUGUAUUAUAUUUAAAGAACAUCUAUUUUCCUUUAAAUAUUUUCAUUGUAUCAUCGUUUUAAUGGUCACUUAUUCAAAAGUUCAAAGUAGUGACACUGUAAAAUUAACCCUGUCUUCCUGUAAGAUAUUUUUAAUAUUUCUUUAAAAAUGUUUUAAUUUAUCUGCACAUAGAAUUUAUAUAUUUUGCUCCAUGAUUUUCCCCAAAUCAAAUGCUGCACUGUUAGUUUCCUUUGUCAGAAUAAGUUGAAUAUUCAUAUAUAUGCCCAUUGUUUGUUAUUUUGUAACCAGCCAAUACCUUUUGCAUUGUGUUAUUUUAUUGUAGGUUUUUCGUUCUCACUUGAAGAAAGAAAGUUAUAUUUCUGGAUUAUUCUAUAAUCUAGGAUGCAGAAUAACUGAAAACUGAAUGAAAAUCUGUUUAUACAGCUUUACUUUUAUGUGCCCAUAUAUGUUAAUUUUUCCCUCAUAAUAUUUUUUUUCAUUUCUUCUAGGGAAAUUGUGUUUACUUUGUUUUCUGAGCUUUGUUCUAGGCCACUUGAGGGGUUACACAUUUCAUAUAAGCUACUGCUGGUGCUGUAAUAUACAGUAGAAUAUGGAAGUGUUUAUUGCCAAGUAAUUUUUGACAUGUUUGCAACAUUGUGUUAUGAAAAUAAAUAUCUGCCAGAUUUUGUUUUAGCAUAGUUUCUAUUGUUGUUAAUACACUGCUGUUGAAGUUA